AUGGCUGAGACCACGACGGCUGCGGCUGAAGAAGAAAGAAACUUCGUGGCUCACUUCAAAGAGCAGCAAACCUUGCCUCCCGAUGAAAUCCAACAAAAUCCUAGGAAUCAAGGUUUGGGAGCAAGUUCGAGAAAUUUGAACGUACGAGACUUUGAGUUGGUGAGGACUUUAGGAACCGGCACAUUCGCUCGCGUCUGGCUUGUACGUCUUGCGAACCCCGCUGAAGAGGAUCGCGAUAAGGUUUUUGCGCUGAAGGUCCUACGGAAAGUAGAGGUCAUCAAACUUAAACAAGUCGACCAUGUCAAUCACGAGCGUUCGGUUCUUUCAGAUGUUGCUGGACAUCCUUUUAUUACUACAUUAAUUACUUCUUUUUCUGAUCAUGAUUCACUGUAUAUGCUGCUUGACUACUGCCCUGGAGGUGAAGUAUUCUCCUAUCUACGAAAAGCCAAACGAUUCGACGAGAACACAGCUCGGUUUUAUGCUGCGGAAAUAGUUUUGAUUCUUGAAUUUUUACAUGAACGAGAAGGGGUUGCAUAUAGAGACAUGAAGCCGGAGAACCUGUUGUUGGAUGCUGAGGGACAUAUAAAAUUGGUCGAUUUUGGAUUCGCAAAACGUUUAGGAAACAGGGAAACAUACACUUUAUGUGGUACACCAGAGUAUCUUGCGCCAGAGGUUAUUCAAUCGAAAGGCCAUACGACGGCCGUCGACUGGUGGGCUUUGGGUAUAUUAAUAUAUGAAUUCCUCACAGGAUAUCCACCAUUUUGGCAUUCAAAUCCAAUAGAAAUUUACAAACAAAUUGUUAGCAAGCCAGUUUCUUUCCCAGCCGAACCAGCCAUUUCACCUGCGGCAAAAGAUAUCAUUCGCCAAUUCUGCACGCUCGAUCGAUCACAUCGUCUCGGGAAUAUAUCUGGUGGCGCUGCACGGGUUAAAGAUCACCCUUUUUUUCAAGGAGUGAUCUGGGAAGAUGUAUAUUACAGGAAAUACCGUGGUCCGAUUAUACCCCCUUUGAGAUAUCCAGGCGAUGCUCAAAAUUUUGAUUUAUAUCCCGAUGAAAAAGAAGGAAGAGAACCAUACACAGAGGAGCUCGCAGCAAAAUACGAUGAUUGUUUCAAGGGUUUUUAG